GUAAUUGUGAGAUGGACGAGUUAGCGUGUGCAAUUACAAAUUGAUAUUUUUUUAAUUAACGGUGAUAUAUCCGACUAGACUGCAAGUCCAAAAGUCAGAUUAUCGUUCAGAGAUAUGAUUUUUAAUGGAUAGCAGUAAAGAAAUAUAUUUUUGCGAAAAAUCUUCAUAUAGUUUUUCAAAAUACAAGAUUAGCCAGAAGAAGGCGCUUUGACCAAUCAGCUUCUGUUCGUAUUCAUCACUCGAUUUUCGCAGCUUGCUACACACCCUUCUUCUCGAAUCAACUGCUACUCCCACAAAGCAAGUCAAAAUAUGACAACAAAACGAGUAACGUGCUCAUUUUCUUGAAUCAUACUGCUAUCGCUAGACAGGUUUCUUUUGUAAAACUUACAGUAUGUUACACCAAACUUCCCUGAAAUCAUAAAAUAACUGAAAAUCUAAGACAUAAACGACGACAUACAACUCUACGGAAAGCGCGAGGAAAAAGUCAUGUGACCAAUGUUAACCAAUGGGAUAUUAUAAGGAAAUCGUGCAGAACUGGCAACUUUGUGAUGCAGGUGUCCGCCUGCAACCGUCAGGGUACUCGUUUGAGUUAAUGGACAGUAAAUGUACAACAAAGAAACAAAACUCUCUUUGAUGAAAACAGAAAUGAACGACAUGGCCUCACCUACAGGUCAAACCAAAAGUAGGCAGCCGGGAAGGCAGACAAACCAAUUGCAAUAUCUUCAAAAAGUAGUGAUGAAAGCACUAUGGAAACACCAAUUUGCCUGGCCCUUUCAUCACCCUGUCGACCCGGUCAAGCUUGCUCUACCAGAUUACUUCAAUAUAAUCAAGACUCCUAUGGAUCUUGGUACAAUCAAGAAACGUUUGGAGAGCAUCUACUACCACAGUGCAAAAGAAUGCAUCUCAGAUUUCAACCUCAUGUUCACUAAUUGCUAUGUAUAUAAUAAACCAGGAGAGGAUGUUGUUCUUAUGGCACAAGCCCUUGAGAAGCUCUUUCUUACCAAGGUUGCACAAAUGCCACAGGAGGAGAUUGAGCUGACCGUUGUGAAGCCAGGGAUGGGAGAAGAUAUAUCAGGGCCGGGCAGAAAAGGAAGGAAAGGAAGAGGAGGAGGAAGGGGGAUAAGUGCAAACUCAAGGUUAGGUAUUCAAAAUGCCACGCCUCAACCAUCGGUACUCAAUGCAACGCCAAAACAGCUCCUUGGGCAGCCACCGGCAAAGAAUGCGUAUGUUGCUCCCCUUGCCAUGAAGUCACCUACAGCAACACAACCAUCAACGGAACUUCCUGUCUUACCCCCUGGAGCAGCGAGUACACAGUUGACUGCUGCAGCCAUGUCAACAUCACCUUUGGUUUCCUCACCGCCUCCUUCAUCAACUCCAGUGGAACCAGUGAAGCAGAACUCUCUUCCAGGACCUCCGAAAGUAAGGUCGCCCGCUAAGACGAAAGGAGCAAGAGGAGUGAAGAGGAAAGCAGACACAACCACACCAACAACAGUAGUAGAACCCCCUGAACCUAUAAUGGCACCCAGUGCAGACUACCAUUUAGCCCAGGCCAAGCCAGCUAAGAUCCCAGGAAGGAGAGAGAGCAGUAGGAGAAACAUCAAACCUCCCAAUAGGGAACUACCAGAGUCUGAUCAACACCAGAAAGGAAAGAAGGGCAAACUCACAGCCCAGCUCAAGUACUGCUAUGGUGUCAUCAAAGAACUCAUGUCAAAAAAGCACUCAGCAUAUGCAUGGCCAUUCUUCAAGCCAGUUGAUGCAGAAGUACUAGGAUUACAUGACUAUCAUGAGAUCAUCAAGACUCCUAUGGACAUGGGCACAGUAAAGGUAAAGCUAGAAAACCGGGACUACAAGACCGCCAAUGAUUUUGCUGCAGACGUCAGGCUGAUAUUUACAAAUUGCUACAAGUACAACCCUCCGGAUCAUGAUGUUGUCGGAAUGGCUCGAAAGUUGCAAAAUGUAUUUGAAGUCAAGUUUGCCAAAAUGCCUGAUGAACCUUUGGACCCAUCAGAAGCAGAUAGUGACAGUGGAGGCAAGGAUGAUUUGAUGAAAGGAUUAGAUAGUGCUUCAGAUGUUUCAGCUUCAAAUAGCAGUUCAGAAUCAGAAGACAGUGAAGAAGAGAGGGAAAAGAGAUUGUCAGAGUUACAAGAGCAGCUGAAGGCAGUCCAUGAACAGCUUGCAGCAUUGUCAUCACAAGCACAUCGGAAAAAGAAGAAAAAAGACAAGGACAAAACCAAAAAGAAAGAUCGAAAGGACAUUGAAAAGGAGAAAGAAGAACUUGAAAAAGCUAAAGAACUUGAAAAACAAAGAGAAAAGGAAAUGGAAGAGAUCAAGGAGAAAGAAAGAAAACUUUUGGAAGAGAAAGCAAGAGAUGAAGAGAGGUCUAAAUCAGCAUCAAAAAGACAGAGGAAGCCUCCAAAGACGAUAGAAGACAAGGUCAAACCUAAGAAAACAAAUAGACCGAGGAAGAAUGCAAAGAGCAACGAAGAGAAGCCUAAACCCAAGAGAACAAAUAGUAGAAGAGGGGGAGGAAGGAAGAAGAAAGUUCCAACCACAGGGCAGCUAGAAAGUGAUGAUGAAGACACAGCAAAACCGAUGUCAUAUGAUGAGAAGAGACAGCUUAGUCUUGACAUCAACAAAUUACCUGGGGACAAACUUGGCAAAGUUGUACAUAUAAUCCAGUCAAGGGAGCCCUCACUCAAGGACUCUACGCCAGAUGAAAUUGAAAUAGACUUUGAGACCCUCAAACCGUCCACCCUGAGGGAACUGGAAAAAUAUGUCAUGCAAUGCCUCAGGAAAAGACCAAAAGCUUACAACAAAGGCCAGACGAAGUCUAAACAAGAUGCACAGAAGGAGAAGCAGAAAGAACUUGAGGAUCGGUUAAAGGAACUUGGCGGGCCAUUCCCCAAGAAGGCAACAAAGAAAGCUCAACAAGAUGCUUUGAUGAAUGAGGGGGGCAGAACCGAGCGCCCACUCAGUGCCAGCAGUAGUAGUGACUCUGAGAGUGAUGCAAGCACCAGCACAAGUGCUAGCUCCAGCUCCGACAAUAGCGAAUCGGAGUCAGGUAGCUAGACCAUACUCUCUCCCUUUUUUCUAUUCUUCCUCUCACCUUCUACUAUCUUCCUUGAGUUUAUUUUUCCUCUUGUAUGAUUCACAUCAUAGUCAUUUCCACCAUUGCUACCAAAAAAUUAUAUUGUUCUUGAAGUGUGGGUUGCUGUCCAAGUGGCAAGACAUUUAAUUCCCAGGAAAUGCUUUCACAUUGACCAAAUUUUAAUAGCUUGUCCAUCUAUAUCAUCUUGCACAUGCGGAAAGCAAUUCAAGCAAAUAUGAAAAAUAUUUCCAUCAUUUCUAAUAAGGUUCAACUUUGAUGAUGGAUAAGAAUAAACUUGUUUUGGUUCAUCUAUGCAUUAUGGUGUAUUACACUAACAAAGCAGUUAAUCAUAUAAAUUGCAAUUACCAGCCAAGAGCAUUGGUGCAUUCAGUUCUGUUCAAAUUUUUACCUGUAACCAAUCAGAAUUGUUGCUUCUAAUAUGCAAUUGAUCUCAAGACUUAGGUCAGCAAUAAAACCAGACCAGGGCCCUGAACCACAAAGCUUAGCAAUUGGUUGUAAGGGUGUUUUUAUGCUUGAUUACAUAGACUGUUAUGUGUAAUCAAACAUAAAAAUCAAUUUUACAAUCAAUUGCUAAGUUUGGUGUUACAGUCCCCUGAUUGAUUCUUGUUCUUGGCACUAGGACAGCAACCUUUAUUUAUAUAUUGUUUGUAUAUGGUUGUACAGGUCAUUGCUGAGUUUUCAUGAAAAUUAAGUUUGAUUUCAUUUUUCAAGGGAUCAAACUGAGGAAGGCAAAAGAGACAUUCCUCACAUUCUCAACUAAACUCGCCUCACCAUUUGAAUGUCAAAUAUUCAUUGGUGAUGACUUGUACAAGCAUAUGACAUGUCUGAAUUUCAUUUUAAUUUUGAAUUCAUAUGAUUUCAAUGCUUUGAAUUUUCAAUUCAAUAUUUUGCUGCAGUGCAGAUGUAUUACUUUUACAAAAAGACCAUGCAAGCAUGGGACAUUUUGAAUUAUCUUGAUUUGAAGCUGCUAAAAAAACUUCAUACAUUGAACAUAGUCAAUAUUUUCACUACCUAAGCAAAAGAAAAUUGAAAUUUUAAUCUUGUUGAAUAAAGUAUCAAAAUGGUUACUGUAAUAAUCUUGUAGAAAAAAAGCAAAACGUGUGGACACAUUUAGUAGAAUCUUUGCAAGCCUUCCAGCAAAAGUGUUUGUUGGUUUUAAUUGUCAAUUUGUACAAAAUUUUUAUAGAAAUCAAUGCACAUAAUUUUUCUCGUGCUGUGUAGCAAAUAUGUACAAAGUAAAAAAAUAUCUCUAAAUUAUCUAAUAUGUUCCUUCCAAUUCAUACAAUUGAUCUACACAUGUAAAAAUAUAUUUAAAAGAUUUGAAAACGCUUUUUCUUUUUCCCAAAUGCGAAUAAACAUCCCAUGAUAAUUCUAUUCCGUUCAAACAUUGAGGUCAAAAGAAAAGCAAAGCAUUGUUUUUUAAUGUGUAUUUCUUUAUCUCGAAAUAUAUUGUAAUGAAUGAAACAAUUCUAAAUAACUCAUACACAAUAGAUAGCUUGAUUAAUAAUUUUAUUUUGUAAUGGCAAAGAGUAUUGUGGUAAAUUAUGGCAACAAUAUUCACAAUAUAUGGAAUCACAGGCUUCAUGGUAAUACAUGAAGGAAGUAUGAAGAAUACUAUGGAUGGAGAGAUGGGCUAGCUAAGAGAGCCCUGUACACUUAGGGCAUGGCUGUCCUCUAAGUGUCAUGUGUGUUUUAGUGAAGAGGGUGGGUAUGGCAAUCAUCAGUGUUUGGGAGAAGUUAAUAGUCAUCCCCUGAACAACACAGCUCAAAUCCACAGCAGUAAACUACAAAGUGAUCCGCCAUACAAGGCUAACUGAAAUGAAAAUCCGUAAAAAAAUUCUGCUGCUUUCUCCAUUUUAUGUUAGAGAGAUGUGUGUAUGUGUAUGUAUGGGUGGUAGAGAGGUGUGUCUGUCUGUGGUAUGUUUGAUGUUACGUAUUUGAGAAUGUGAAGAGCUUGUCAUUACUAGGAUUUUUCCAUGAUACAUUGCACAUCAUGACUGCGUUGGACCAGGGUCGGCUGUUACAGCAACCGCCUCGUUUGCUCGGGUGCGUGGAGCUAUGGACCAGAUGCUUAACCAUUAGGUCUAACAGCUGUGUUCCUCGUUAGAUUGAAGAAUGUGAUGGUAUUUCAAUGCAAGAAAUCAUGUUAUCAGUCGGGGGGAAAACACAUUCAUUUCUGCCAAUAUUGGAUUUUAAUGCAGUACGUCAGUGAGAAAUAUGCCGCCUCUUAUUUUGCCCUUUGUUGAGGGCGAGAGUUGCAAUUGCAGUGACCCUGGGGUAAACAUGGUUUAUCAUCAAGACCCAAUUACUGAUGGUGCUUCACUAAGACACACAUGCACUCACUGAGCUGAGUCCUAAACAAAUGGUUCGCCAAAUGAAAAAGCAGCCAAACUUGUACUUUUGACAAACAACUUUUGCUCUUUUGCCAUUCUUUCCCAAAUACUCUUUGUCACUUUUUUGUUCACAUUUGUUGAUGAUAACACCCCAAAAAUUUGUUUCCACUUAGCUCAUGACUGCUCAAAGAGUUGACAUGUAAUGGCUGGUGGAUGCACCACCAAUGGUCGGUCUCUGGUGUAAAUAUUCUUUCUCUUGUGUUAUUUUAAAAUAGAGACUUGGUAUUUGGAUCUGGUAGUGCAUACAUGUUCUUAAUGUUCUAAAACACAAAAGACUCUUUCUAAUGAUUGUGAUUAAACUGGCUAUGUAACUUCCCAUAUGUGAAUCUUAACACAAAAUCAAUUACUAUUUUUUAAACAUAUAAACUGUCCCUUUUGUAAAUAUGAUCCUGUAUUGCCUUUUUACUAGCCUAUGAUGAAAAUGCUUUCUUACAAAAAUAUAAAAACUAAAAAAAAAAUUUGCUUUUUUAUUUUGUUUUGGUGGUGCUACCAAUGUCAAGCAUAUGAUUUGUAGUUUUUGUAUGAAGCAGUAAAAUUGUGCCGUUUUCUGAAUAUAUUCCUGUAUGAAUUAGACAAUACUGCAUAUUUUUUCCCUAUUUGUUUUUGUACAUCCCUGUUAGGAUAUUAUUGUAUCUACUACAUGGCAUGGGUAAAUUUAGUGUUAAUGGCUGUGUAUAGUGUAGAAUUGUCUUGUGUUCAUGAAUCUUAAUUAGCAUUGAUGGUAAUCCAUGCUUGUAAAUAAUUCAAGAAAAAGUGACAAAAACCAGAUUUCAUGGCAGUUUGUCUGAGAAAGAUGGCCAAAUAAAAUCAAAUACUUUCCAUUGAAA